UGUUUCAAAUAUAUCCUUGUUGCUACAGAGAGUUUAGGAUAGGAAAGACCCAGGAACAAAGGAGAAACAGGAAUUUAUGCAUUAUCGUGUUCCAUGACUGGAAAAUAUCUUUCAAUAAGUCAUCCAAUGAGGCAAAGAGGCAAAGGUUGAACUGCAGCAAUCCACUCCAGCCAGCCAAUGCUUUUUGCGUUCAUGAAACAGUGAACGCAGAAGGCGGAACUGGGAGAAACAGGGAAAGAAGAGUAUCAGCUUAAUCAGAAACGGAUUUUUUCAACAACUCACAGCUCACCAUGGCUCGCUCUCACUGGCUCCUCACUUCUGUGCUUUUUCUUCUGUCCUUCAUAACACAUGUUUCAGCACAGCAACAAGGUAAGCUCUUGCAGGAGGUCCAUGACCACAGAGGAGUAACCCCCGUGGCAGCAGGUUGCACUGUUAUAGGCAGGAGAUUUUUACACUCCUACUCUGAGACAGCUUUGUUCAACAACCUUCUCUCCAAUGGUAACCAGAGGCAUCUCAGGUCUCACCCAACUCUGUCACAAUGUGAAUCCCUGGGCAAUUUUGUGUCUCAUUUGUAUGUUUUUCCAGGAUGUUCUGUCAAUAAUAGACAACCAAGAAUUUAUGAAAAUAACCCUCCUGGCUACGUGGUGACCACAAUCCACGUGGAACCAGACUUCAUUGUAAUGAUUGAUCCUAAUUCCCCUGAUGCCAGUUUUUUCACUAUACGGGGGUCUGAGCUGCAGCUGAACCAAAGCGUGGACUAUGAGAAAGACACCUUGUUGCUGGUGUACCUGAUUUGUCAGAACGCUGCUGGGCAGAGAGAUUCUUUGGAAAUUCUUGUGACCAUUCUCAACAUGAACGAUAACAGCCCAGUGUUUAAGCAAACGAAUCUCACUGAAGUUGUUCCUGAGGAUACAAAAGUGAAUGCAACCAUUGUAGCCCGUGAAGAUUUAAGCGCUAGUGAUGCUGACUUGGACACCAUCUCUUACGAACUCACAACAAUAGUGCCGGGCACAGAUGGUUAUUUUGCCAUAAAAGGAGUUAAUAGCCCAGAAAUUUAUUUACAAAAAACUUUGGACUAUGAGAAAUUUAAAUUUACGACGUUGGUCUUGUAUGCAAGGGACAGGCCUGUAGGCAGCAUCGACACCACCAACACAGCUACCGUAACAAUAAACAUAUUUAUUGAACAAGCUGACACCAAAUCACCCUGGUUCCUACCCUGUACCUUCAUUAACAUGGAAAAUAACAUUUGCAUCAGCAGCCCCUAUACUGGGAGGAUCAAUAUCUCUGAGAUGUCGACAGAACCACUCAUCCUAGAGCCGGGGCCUAUCUAUGCUAUUGAUCCUGACUACACUUUAAAUGAAAAAAUCGUGUACAGUAUUGUUGGUGGGAAUACAGACAAUGUCUUCUCAGUGGAUGCAGACACAGGGAAUCUAACUAUGAACAAAGUAGCAACUUCCCCAGACUCGUACCUAUUGCAAGUCAUGGCCACCCAGGUCAACAACAUACAGAAAUACUCCAUAGUCAGUGUAGAGAUUAAGGUCAUCAAUAAAAGUGAUUAUCCACCGUUCUUUGAGAGCAGGAUCUACUACGGGACUGUAUUUGUUGGUCUGGCCCCAAGAAGCUUUGUCUUCCACACUGGUGAUACUUCAAGCCCCCUGAUGAUAACAGCAGCGGAUGAUGAUUUCCCUAAUAAAGUCAACCCAAACAUUGAGUACUACAUAAAAAACAGCACCGAUUUCAUCGCAACCAAAGAUGGACUCAUCCUGACAAAUGUGAUGCUGCAGUCACCAGGAACUGUAACCAUCGAGGCUGUUGGAAAAGAUAUGGUGAGCCUGCAGGAGGCGAGCACUGUAAUCGUGGUGGAGGUCAUCCUUGCUGCAGCUGUAACCUCCUCUGAUAAGAUACACAGUGCUCAGGAUAUGGCUAUCUUAGGUGGUACAUUAGCAGCACUGCUAUUAAUUGCCUUAGUCUUCCUUGGAGUGAUGACAUACAAACAGUAUGGAAAACGAGUCAAAUACAUGAUAAGGAAAAAGUUCUCCAGGGAAAUCUCUGGGGGUUACCACAACGAAUCUUACAAGCCAGAUGAACACCCAGAUGUGAGCACCAAACAGCAUGAGACUUCAGAAAACGGCAGUGUCCAGUCAACGACACAUGUGCUAGAGCAGCCAGCACUUCCCUUGCCCUCUUCCAAAGCAAAAGAAAUUGAUAGCCUCCCAAAGGCUUCUAUAGCUUCCACCAUCAUCUUUGACCAGGAAGAGAAAGAGGAAGAAGUGGAAGAAGAGACUGAGCAUGAGAAAGAAGUGAAGUCUAUCCUCAAGACAGACAGGCAUGUGGCAGAUGAUGGUUACAAAGCUGUGUGGUUUAAGACCGAUGUGGAUCCAGAUGCUGGAGAGAGGGUUGCAGUGAUUGAGGACAAUGCAGCAGAUGGUGAUGAUGACAGUGACCAAGAUCUGCAGAACAAUGAGGAGGAGGAGGAAGAAGAUUAUGACAAGGACUAUCACCACAGAGGUCUGGGAGUGUCCUUUGCCUCAGAGAGCUCAUCACUCCCAGCUGCAGAAGUGAUAGUCAACACCAUGACAACAUCUCGCACGGAUGCAGUGACAGAAGAUGACAGUGACAUAUAAUGGAAAUAGACCUGCACUCCCCUCCCCCAAAAUGGGGGAAUCUCAGCUGCUUUGCUGACAUGAAGCCCAUCUUUCUGCUCAGGGGGAAAACUGGAAUGCAGGAGGACAAGGUUGCCUGUCCUGCUUGUCUGAAUGCAGCAAUUAAAUCUGGAAGAGAUUACAGCUAAUUCAACAUUUUAGUGAGACCUUGAAAUACCACUUAGGAUCUGGGGGGGGGGGAAACACAUAUCUCAUCUCUCCACCUUCCUGCCUGUUCCCCCUGGGGCCCCUUACAUCACAUUUCCCAAACUGGCUGCAGGUAGAGCAGAGAUGUAGCUGAACUGACUUUGAAGCAGUUAGCCCAGCUCGCGGUAGCAAUUUAGUUACACGACCCAGUGUUCAUCUCCUCUUGGUGGGUAAAUAAGUCAGCACUGACUGCUUGGCUGUUCCCUUUAGGGUGUUACAGUUUGAUACCAGCUGCAGGGUGUAAGCCAGCGCAAGUCACCCUGGCCCUGCAGUUGCUCAUAUGACUGUAUCCAGGAGCUCACUUCAGGGCUUGGCUCUGCUCUCUGCUGUGCCAGACUCUGUGCUCCCAGCACAAGCAGCUGGCAUGUGCCACCAUGGUCCUCGUCCUGCCAGCAGCCGGGUGUUUACAUGCUCAGGAGCUGCUGUUUCCUCUAUCACUGGUAAGCAAGGACUGAUCACAUGUUCUUUACUGAAGGACUUUGUCAUCAAUUUUUCUAUGUCAUAAAACCACUAAUCGUGCAGUACUUCUUUGGCUGUCUGUCUCCUAUCUGACAGGGA